AUGACCCAGCACUCGCCCACGAGCCAGCCCGUGCACUCUCCGACGGCGCAGCCGCAUCACCACUCUGUCGAGAGACCCAAAGGCAUCCUCAAGAACCCGUCCUACAACAGCCCGACGUCGCCGACCAGCGAGGGCGCCCCUCUCGCCCAGGUCGUGUCCAACGAGCGCCCGGGCAUCGCCCGCGGCAUGUCCGAGCGCGAGGUCGUGCUCCAGAACACCCUCCAGAAUGCCGGCCACCGCCGCUCUUCGUCCAACGCGCGCGGCCCGCCGCCGCGCCGCCUGUCGGGCACGCCCGGCGCCGACGACGACGACGAGAACAGCCCGCGCCUGAAGUGGGACGAGGCGAACUUGUACUUGACGGAGCAGCAGCGUGACAGCACAAUGAAGAUUACCGAGCCCAAGACGCCCUACGCCAGUCACUACGACCCGGCCGAGGACGAGGAGGAGAUCGCUGCGCUCGAUGCGAACCAGAUUGUGGUGGACGAGCUGGACAAGACCAAGCACAAGAAGAAGUCGAAGGAGGAUGACAUUCCCGGCCUCGACCUCGGCGAGCCGGAGGUGGAGAACGCGGGCGUGCACCACUCAGACGGCGAGAAGCGUGUCGUGGUUGAUCCGGAAUCCCUGGACGAUGCCAAGCGCGAGGAGGAGCCGCCGCAGGAGCAGGAGAAACACCGUCAAUUCGAGCAGGCGCGGAAGAAGCACUACGAGAUGAGGAACGUUAGGGGUCUUCUUGGACACGGCGAAGAGUUGCUAGCUGAAGAGGACGAGGAGGAGCUGGAGAAGCCGCCCGUCCCCCCGAUGCCUAACGGCCGAUGA